CUGAGUAUCGCCAACACCUUCGUCAUUCUUUAUCGCGAGCUUAUCUCGAUUGUAAAUGGAACCAGUCUCUUUGUCAGCGAACAGCGUUUACAUACUUCAUUUAGAACUUUCAGAAAACUUGUCAUCUCUCUGCCUUCAAGCUUCAAUUUCAACCCUCAAAACUAAUUUAGUGUGAAUACGCUCGCCCGUCACUUCGUUCUGGUGAAGACUAAAAAGCAGCCUCCACUGAAGUUGUCGCCUGGUGUUCGCUCUUUGUGCUUCACUGCACAUCUUACUCAACCCUUGCACCGAGACAACAAACCUCAAUCACAGAACAACAUAUACAUUCAACAUGGAAUCGCCAGGCCCAGGUGGCUUCUUGCCAGCGCCCGCUGGUGGAAGCUUACCCUCACCCGCGCCCUCAUCAGCUUCAUCAUUCUCAAAUAUCCAAGGUCUUCCUACACCAAGAACAAAGGCCCUGAAGCCCAACUCAAGUAAAGAGUUCAUGGUGCGAAGAUAUGCGGAGGAGCAGCUUCUGCUAGUGACGCGGCGCUAUGUUAAGAAGUUUGGCAACCCUGAACCUGGCGACACGGUGGUGGGGUAUAACAGAUUUGGUGAAGUAUGUCGAGAUCUCGAUAGCAUCAUCAAUAUUUUGUGGAAAUCAGGCACUCCAUCGCUCCAAAUACCCUUCUUAUUACGUCUCACAAGUGACUUCACACGAUAUGUCCGCUCAUUCCCCCCAGCACCAAAGGCAUCUUUCGCAAUACUCCGCAAACUAGAUCACUGUUUCGCAAGUCUUCUCUUAGGCCAAGACAUCGAAACUCACGAGACAUUACCCGGUUUUGAGAAUGGACUACGUGGCGGCAUGACAACGACAGAAAUGAUCCGCUGCCGAAGCUUAGUAGACCAAUGUCGCGUCUUGAUGGUAGAAGUAAUGCGAGAUCCAGCUGAAGAGGACGAAGAAGAUGAAGAAGCAGAGACAGAUACCGACACAGACGCGGAAGAGCCUGGAAUCAAGGGAUGGGGAAGCGUGGAGGACGAUGAUGAGAUGAUGCUGCAACUCGAUGCGGCGCGGGUCUUUGAGAAGACGAUUGUGCAGCUUAACGAGAGGCUUGGCGAUCUGGAACCAUUGCAGAUGUCUGCUGAUUGAAGUGUUCUAAAUACAGAAACACCAUAUUUUGGAGAUUCAGGUGCCGCGUUCAAUGAGCUGAAAUGGCUAGUUUCAGGCGUGAUCAUGCACGGAUACGAUAGCUGAAGCCCUUUAACCUGGUUACCCUGUGCUGUGAGCAUUAAUCAUGGUGCUUGGCUGCAGGACCCAGGCCUUGGAUGCUGUUUCGCGAAGAGGGAUGAACCAGCUCUUAUGCUAUAAUAUGGGGAUAAUAUUGAGACUUGAUAUGGUAGUAGAUCAGUGGGGGAAGAAGCGAAUGACGCUGGCAUAGACGGUUGACUGGCAAGAUCUUGCUUGAUGAUAGAUAUCCGAGAAUUGGACGUGGCAAAUCUACAAGCGAUCAGUCAUCUCUAGUUACAUGUACUUGAUCAUGGCUGGAUAAGUAUUUUUUUUUAUCACUUACUCAAACAGAGAUAUUUGAAACAAC